CGCAGUCUCCGCGCAGACGUCAUCGGGAUCGGACGCGCGCGAACCGCGAGUGACAAUGAGUGCCGGCCGCAGGAAAAUGUCCUUCCUCGCCUUCUCCACGCAGGACCCAGAGGAUCGUAUUCUCCUCGAUGAGGAAAUGGAUCGCGUGUGGAGAGAUCCGACACCUGGCCCUUCCUUCCUACCCGCUCUCCGGCCCUCCGGAGAACCGCUGCGGGAUAUCGCGGCCCCCCGGCCUAUCCGAGGACCGGGAGUGUCUACCAGCGCGUCUGACUUAUCCCCAUUUGAUGUGCCCGACAACGAUCUACUGGAACAAACCCAGCCGCUGAUGGGGAGUUCCACCUCUUGGGGAUCCCACACAGACUGGGACAGGGGACAACGUCCCCCGCCGCGCGAAGAUAGCCACUUGUUCUUUAUACAGAAUAUAACUUGUUUAUACAGAUGGGGAGUUCCACCUCUUAAGGAUCCCACACAGACUAGGACGGGGGACAGCAUGGGGAGUUCCACCUCUUGGGGAUCGCACACGCACCUGGACAGGGGACAGCGUCCGCCUCCGCGCGAGGACAGCCGCAGGACGGUGCAGUUCGGUCGCGACAAGGGCUCUGAUGGAGACGACGCUGAGGCCAGGGAGUUUCGUCGCUCUCAGUGA